UCAAGUCAGUGUAAAAAAAUAAAAGUAUUUCUGUGUGAAUUGUGUAGUAAUAUUUAAACAAAAAUAUUUACCGUGUAAAAUGGAAGUUAAGAGUCUGAGUUUAAUUUGGAAAUAUAAGUGAUAAAUCAAAUGCUGAGAGUGAUGACGUCAAAAGAAGACAAUGUAACCUUAAAAGUGCAAAAAUAUACAGAAACAAACGUUGUUGUCUUAUUGUUUUAUCGUUUUUCUUAAAGUUUUGAUAUGUCUCAUUUCGGUGACUUCAUGGACGGUGUUCCCGUUAAAAUAUCUGAAAAGUAUAAAAGGCCACCACGAAUCGAAUUGCCUUAUAAUGUUACAGAGUGUCCUUUACGAGCGCAAAGCGUUGUAAAUUCUGCUAAAUACUGUUCCACAUUUGAACGUAAUGUACUUUCUAAACUUAGAGAACUAAGGAGUGCAAAAGAAACGAAAAAAAACGAGAGGCGACAUCGCUUACAAUUGUUAGAAGAAGCUAAACAAAAAAAAUUAGAUGCUAUAGCAACUGCUGAGGCUGAAGAGAAGUUGAAACAAUUAAGUGUAUCUGAGGUGUCCUAUCCCAGUACUGAUGAGAUAAGUGCACCUGAUGAUAAACCAGAAAAUAAUUGUGAUAAUCCUACACAAGACAAUAGCCCUGAUGCUGACAAAACAGUCAAUACAGACAUUGAGUUCCCUCAUGCUUCUGCACAGAAGUCUCAGUUGAACAUUCUUCAGCCAAUACAAGUUCAGUCUAACUACCAGUAUAAUAAUUUACUUGAUGACCCAGACCCUCUGCAAGAGUUUAAAAUGCAGAAUAGAAUGGCCAAAAUUCCACAAUAUAGUCAAAAUAUUGAUACCCUUACUUUCAAAGAUUUUGAAAAUGAUACAUCUAGUCCCUUUGAUAAUGUAGAACUUAAAACUAUAAAUGAUAUGGAAUUAUUAGCUCAGGUACUGCAGAGUCAGAGGGAUUCCACCUCUAGUUGUCAAGCUCAAACAUUCAAUCAGGACCAAGUUUAUCCAGGAUAUACUAAUUGUGCGACUCAGGCACAAAUCGAAGGUAUUACAUAUUUACCUACUGCAUAUGUAGACCAACAGAUUCAAGGUCCAAAUGUAAUAUAUGCUUCUCCUCAACAUUAUCCAACAUCCAAUGGUUAUUACGUACAAGCGGAAAAUGUCUGUGAUAAUAAUAUACCUAUUGAAAACAUUUAUGCACCUAAUUACCAGUAUUAUGUUCCUGCACAACCAUAUCCAGGAACAUAUUAUGGCACCCAAUUACCAGCAUGUUCAGGUGAAUUACAAGGACCUAAUGGAUCAACAUUCAUACCUCAGCCUUACUAUUUUUCUUAUCCUCAAGGACCUUUGCCAUAUGUUGCUUCUCCAAUGAAUACCAAUAUAGUUCCUGAAGCUAAAAAUCAAGAAGAAAAUCCAUCAGUAACUUCGCAAAACACAGUCAAGUCUCGAUCAAGGAGUGUUCCUGAUAUUGUCAAAGAAUUGAAUGAGGAAUUAGUAUCAGCACGUCAAAGAGCCAAUGAACGUUCUUACAAUGCAAGUCCUGCCCCCACUAUUAUGCCUAGAUCAUCAUCAAGCAGUGAUAAAAAAGAAGAAAGGAGAAAACGAAAAAUUGAGAAGUUACCAAAUCCUUAUGAAAAAUUACCAUUGAAUUUACAAAAUAUAUGCCAGAAAAUACAUGGUAUGGGCUUUCCACUUGACAGAGUUGCUAGGGUGUGUAGUCUUGUAGGCGAAAAUGAUAAAAAGGUGAUAGAAUGUCUCCUGAUUUUAGGGGAAUUAAUAGAUCUCGGGUUUUCUGAAGCAAGAGCAUCUGCAGCGCUCGUUAAGCAUGAGUUCAACAAGGAUAAGGCGCUGGACGAACUUGUUUCUUAACAAUUAAAAAAAGGAAAUUAAUUUUAAAACAACUACAUAGAUCUAUAGUGAAGUGAAAAAGUUUAUUAUAUAUUAUGUAAAUUGAGAUUAUAAAUGUGUAAAAACUUGUAACCUUAUGAAAUGUGUAUUUUGUGAUGAGCACUAUUCUGCUAUCUUUAGGAAAUAUGUAAAUCUCUAAAUGUGUGCAUUUAUUGUAAUUUUGAAAUAUGAAGAAGUUUUUUCAGUCUUGAACAAUAAUGAGACUGUUCUACAUCAAUCUAAUCUAACCAUUGAAGUGUUCGUAAACUUAACAUGGAAACAUGUUAUUUUUAAUUUAGAUUUUAAAAAUUUCAAUUAAAUUUUAUACCAGAUCAUUAAAAUACAUGAGUAACGACAUAAACCUCGGUACUGCUUCCAAAAGUGGCAACAUACGACAACCUUCGAUAUUUAUAUAAAACAUACUAAUUGUAUGGUAACUAAAAUAAACAAAAAAAGGCAAUAAAAAUAAUUAUUAUCUGUGUUAAAUUUUCACUUUAUCUAUUAAAUGGGCUUAUUUAAAAAGUUAACACAUUUAAAGUUUUAUGUUUUAGUACAUGAGAAACUAAAUACAAUAAAGAUUAAGGUAGCAAAUUCAGAGUUUAGUUUUAGAUCUAAUGAUAAUGUAAAAAAAGUAAUUAAUAAAGUAGUUUUUGGUUUUAUUAUUGUAUUAUGUCGCUUGUGCUCUGAAUUUAAACCCAAUUGGAAACACUGCCAAAAAUAAUAAGUAGUGUAAAAAAUACCUUUCAUUGAAUAAAGGUAUAAACAUUUACAGAAUUAAAUAAGUGAUCUGAUAUAAAUUUAACGUAAAUAAAUAUAGAUAAAAAAUAUCAUUUUUGAUUUCCAAUAAAUAAAAAAGAAAGCAUAAUUGCAGGCCAUUUUGUUUUUUUUUUUAAGCGGCGUGGCAGAAUGUAGGUUGUUGAGGUAUAUCAUAGGGUUAAAUAUGAAUAUAAAGCUAAAAAUUUUCGGAUAAAUAAGUGCUAAGUAAUGCGCGAAAUUCUAGUAAUAUCAAUAGGAUAAAGUAUUAAAUAUGUUUUUGUGCAAUUAUAGAAUUAUUUUAUUUCUUUAUGCACGAUUUUGCUAUGGCACGGUAUUUAAUUAUUUGCUUUCUUGCUUUGUUUGCUCAUUUUCUUCGACGAAUGCAAGUCUCGGUUAUUUAUCUAAUUCCGUAAUGUUGUAUUUAAAGCUAGUGUCAAGUUUUAUUAGACAUAGAAAUAAAAAAAAAAAAUAAUUAAAAUAAAUACCCAACUGAUUCAUGUAAAACUUAAAGGUUUACUUAAAAACGUUGCUUAGCGGCUGUAUAGUUAAACACUGAUUUCGCUCUUUCUGCCAUUGUUGAUGUAACACAUUGUUUAACUAAUCGCCCGCUAAAUGACGUUUAUAAGUGAGGCUGUUAAUAUUUUACUGUAAUAUACCAAGGCUUAAUAAAAAAUCAUUUAAUAAGGUUAAUAAAAAUAUCUUGUUUUGCGUCUUUCAAAUAAAAAGUAUUGAUGUUAUGGGAAAUUUUGAAUAAGUUUACUUAUAUAUUUUAAAGAUUAAUGUAAAUAUAAUUCGACUCAAUAUUAUCUCGAAGAUGUUCCUUGAUAAAAUAAAUUUAAAAUGGCAAAUGGUAGUUACUGAACAAGCCGAGAUGCAAGAAGCGAUUAAAUGCAAACUCAACGCUUUCGUUUCUCAUUAAGGUGUGCAAAUCUUUCUUAGCUGUCAGCCUGCAUACUAUAGUAUAUCUUUAGUCUAAUUUGUAUAUAAGGUGAAAUUUGGGUAUAUUUUAAUUGUCCAUUAAAAUUAUGCUUUAUAGCAUUGAAACUAUAUAGUUAUGUAUUAAUAAGAUAUUUUAAUAUGUAAAGAAAUUAUUAAAUUUAUAUAGUAAAGAAUAUACGUGUUUGCCCGUCUUAUUAAUAAAAAUCUCCAUUUUUUUUUUCUCUUUUUCACUUAAUAAGUCACUAAAUAAGUGUUAUAAUGACAAAUUAUGUAAUGUUGUUUUUAUUAAUAAGAAUUGCAUUUGAACGUGUUAUUGACUGUUAAUUAUUUUUUGUUUGCUAUAAAUUAUGUAUUUGUGUUUUUAUUAAAUAUGUUUGGAUAAACUUGAACUUAAAAAACAAAUGUCGCCACGGUCUCUUUAAACCGAAAAGAUAUUAUAUUUUAUUAAUAGUUUCGUCAUACUUAUCUAUUACGUUAUGUCAUCACGCAAUGUUAAACUACAAUAUUAAUAUUAUUUAAAUUUUAAAAAGGAUACAAACGAAUUUGUGACAUUCUAUCGUAUACAUACCAAAUAUCUAUGUAAAAUUGAUAUAUGUUAGUAAAACAUUUAAUUUGAAGACUAAGCUACAUUUAUUAACUAUUUACAGUGUGAUAACCUUUAUUAACUGUAAUUAUUAUUGGUUAAAGUUUGUUCAACUAUAAACAGAUAGGUAGGUAACUAGGUAAUUAUCGUUCUUAUUUCUUAGUCAUGUCUCACCAUAUAAAAUCGGGGAAUGAUAAGACUAGGCAUUGUCACUAAAUACACCUUGAUUGUACACCCGUUACUUUUUUUUUAAUAAACUAAUGAUACGUAAACGUACUUAUUAAAAAAACAAAUCGUACUUUUUAUAUUUAUUAUCCUGCGUUAUAAUUUGGUCCAUUAUAUUUGAAGUUUUUAAAAUAUAAACAUUAUAACGUCGAAAAAGCUUCUCUUUGCAAAGGUGUCUUUUUUACAAUAAAUAUUUUAUUAUUCUAAUAACGCAAAAUCAUCGACGACUAAAACAAUUAGAAGCGAAAAUAUACUUUAUCGGAUUGGUUAAAUGCUUUUUUUAUACCAUUUGCCGAAUUAAGUUCUGAUAGAUUGGAUUAUAUGUUAUAAAUAGUUUUUAUUAAAAAUGUAUUUAUGGUUUAAAUCAGGACGUUGUCUACUAAUGUUACAGUUUUAAUUUAUUUUAAUUUAAUGGAAACUGUUAGUGAUUUUUACGUGAAUUCUUGGGAGUAGAGCGUGAUUUUACAAUGUAUGGCUUCACAUAAAUGAAAAAUAAAAAUUAUUUUCAUUAGUG